AUGGCCACUGUACCUUUUCUCCUUGGCUUAGCAUUCUCUGCCCGUGUUCAAGCGCUAGUCUCCAAAGAUGGCGUAACUGGCCGAUUACCCGCGAUGGGUUGGAACAGUUGGAACGAGUAUGAGUGUAACAUCAACGAGACUGUUUUCCUGGACGUGGGAAAACUUCUCGUGUCCCUGGGGCUCAAAGAUCUUGGAUAUACCUAUGUCAACAUUGACGAUUGCUGGAGCGACAGAGACAAGCGUCGGGAUAAUGUGACUGGGAAAAUUGUACCCGACUACAAAAAGUUUCCACAGGGAAUCAAACAUACCGCGGACGAGAUCCACAAGCUUGGGCUUCAGCUUGGUAUAUAUAGUGAUGCGGGUACCUCGACGUGCGGCGGAUAUGUUGGAUCUCUGGGACAUGAAGAGUUGGAUGCCCAAACAUGGGCUGAAUGGGGUGUCGAUUACUUGAAGUACGAUAACUGCGCUGUACCAGAUGAGUGGGAUGAUGAAUACCGUUGGUGGCCUGAGAACUGGCUUGGAGGCCCUCCCAAUGAAGAUCAAACUGCUGGAGGUGACGGCGAAGCCCGACCCGUACCUGCGCCAGCUGGUUAUGACUGGACCACAUCGAAGAGUUUUGACCGCUACAAGAUGAUGAGCGAUGCACUACUUGCUAUCAAUCGCACAAUCGAAUACUCGCAAUGCGCAUGGGGUCACGCUCAUAUUGAACAAUGGGGCAAUAGUACUGGCCACAGUUGGCGGAUGUGGGGGGACAUCUACCCGGAGUGGAGUGGCAAAUGGCAGUGGUCAUGGGGACUGAUGCCUAUUCUCAAUCAUGCGUCUUUCUUCUACAACAGUAGCAACUUCUGGGGCCACGCCGACUGGGACAUGCUCGAGGUCGGCAACGGAAACUUGACCUUGGAGGAAAGCCGAUCCCAUUUUGCGCUAUGGGCUGCACUCAAGUCGCCUCUCAUCAUCGGAACCCCGCUCGAUGGCAUCAAACCGGAGAUCCUCAAGAUCCUCAGUAACCCAGAGCUCAUCGCAUUCAAUCAAGACCCGGUGUUUGGAGCACCCGCCAAACCGUACAAGUGGGGCGUCAACGCUGACAACACAUGGAACCAGACACAUCCUGCUGAAUUCUGGAGUGGAGAAUCAUCAAAAGGGACGCAUGUCUUUGCUCUGAAUACGUUGGACACAACUCAAACUAAGAUUAUUGAUUUUGCAGAAGUUCCAGGGCUCGAUGGUAGGACAAAAUAUACCGUAUACGACUCGUGGACUGGAAGGAAGCGAGGGGAUUUUGUCCGGUCGUAUAGGGCACGCGUUGGACGACAUGAUACAAUGGCGAUUCGCAUCGUGAAAAACGAACGAUGA